AUGUCUUAUGAAGGAUUUGAGUCCGACGAGGAAACUCUAACUUGUGCCAUAUGUAAUCAGUUAUUAAGGGAACCCAAACUUCUUCCUUGCCUACAUUCAAUCUGCGCUUUGUGUACAGGCUCAAUAUUCAAUGGAUAUCGAAAAAACAUAUAUUGCCCGAUAUGUAGCGAGGAGUGUUUUGUGACCGAUUGUGAAAGUCUACCAUUGAAUUACUGGUUAAAGAAUGUAAUUGCUACGAUCAAUAUUACAAAAUUUUCCGAGGGAAAAUUGUGUUCUUUUUGUGAAUUUCUGGAUGAGAGAAAUGAAGCAAUAGCAAAAUGUUUGACUUGUGGUGACCUUUUGUGCAAACUAUGCUGGGAACAUCGUCACACGUACACCACCCAAACCAGGGAUCAUCAAGUAGUUUCUAUAGAGGACAUUAAAAGUGGGAAAUAUUACGAGGAAAUUAGAUUACAGCAGAAUAUAAUGUGUCCUGACCACAAGAAAGAGUUCUUCAGGUAUUAUUGCAACACCUGUAAUGAAUUAGCGUGUAAAGACUGUAUGGUCCUGCAGCAUGCAAAACAUGACUUCAUUACUCCAAAAGAGGCCAGGACACAGACUGAAAAGGAUUUAGAAUCAACAUUUAGUGAAGUUAAUGAAAAACUGUUUUCACUAAAAAGUCAAUAUUCUGAGAUGAGUAAAACCUCCAAAGAAAUCAAAGAAAACGAAAAAAUUUUAAGAAUAAAAAUUGAAACAACCUGUAACAGUAUGAUAAAUAAGAUAACAGCCCGAAGGCGAUCUUUAGAGAGGGAGUUGACAAAAGCAUUCAAGCCCACUAAAUCAAUCAUAGAAAGAGAAAGUGAAAGUAUUGAAAACAGAGCUAAUAGUUUGGAAAAUAGCGUUACAUUUUGCAAAAAUCUACUAAAAUAUGGAACAGAUCUUGAAAUUCUUUCACUCCAAAGAGUGAUAAAAGAUAGGUUAUCGAAAAUUUCUUUAACGAAAGAUUAUCCUCCCGUCCAAGACUGUAUGGACGUGAUGCCGAGCUUGGUUGCUUCUUGGAAUGGACCAAACAUGGAACUGAUUUACGAUACUAAAAUAUCAAAAGAGAAACCGGAUUUUUCUAAAUCUAACAGUGAAUGUACAAAAGACAAAAUGGAAAAUGAAAUAAGGAAUAUUUCUCAGAUAACAAAAAUUUCCUUCAACGAAACCUCGGAUAAAGGAACUCAGUGUGAUUUAAUGCAAACUACCAUGGAAAGUGAUUUUCUUGAACGCACUUUUCUGAAAUACCGUUCCUUGUUAGUACAUAACAAUUAUCAACGACCAAAACUUACAAGUAUUGCUUGGAUUGAUGGCGAGUCUUUUGUUGCCGUUGACCAGCAUAAUGGAACGAUUCAAUCUUGUCCAUUGUCAGGUGGAAGUGGGAUAAUGGGGUUAUUGACAAACUGCGUUGCAGUUACAGUUACCAGUUGGUGUAUUGCUGUCAAAACCAGUUCUUCUGCAAUUGAAUUGCUUGACCACAAUUUGUCUUACAAAUAUACAAUUGGUAGUGCCUCUGUUGUCUCAGCAUGUUCGCCACGUUCUCACUUUCUUGCAUUGAUUUCAAGAUCUAGGAUAACAAUUGUUAAAUCAGAAAGUGAGCAAAUCCAAUGUAUAAAAUUUACCGAUAAAUGUGGAAAUUCACUGAAACUUGGACAGCCUCGAUUUGCUUGCCUUCUUUCUGAUGGCAAGUUUGCAAUAUCUGAUUGGGAAAAAGACUUUGUUUACUUAUUUGAUGAAACUGGUCAGGUUUCUCGUGAAGAGUUUUGUUACCCAGGAGCUAUUACCUCCGAUACGAAUGACCAUAUAUACAUAGCAGACUUUUACGAACACAUUAUCAACGUGAUCGAUUUUAAAGGAUCAACGAGAAGAACAAUACAUCUGUCUCCUCACUUGUCCCACCCAAGGAGCAUAUCUAUAAACAUUGACAAUAAACUUGCGGUUGCAUUUGAAAAUCAAGUCGCAUUGUUUCAACUGAAAGCUAUAAGUUCUCACCAUGAAGAAGAAACACGGGACAAUCAAUCAUGCUGA